ACCAUAAGUCUAACCCCGCUUUAUUAGGUAGUAGUUAGUUGGCCUGUUCGCUGCACUCUCGAGUCUUCGUCUAUAUUUUCUGUUGAAAAACCGCCGCACCGACAGAGUUUCGUUCCACUUUCUAUCGGCGAUUCGAUUCCCCACCAUGACGACGUCGUUGGACUCCAGUACUCAAAAGACCGCACCGUCAUGGACUUCUCUGCCGUGGAGGACGCGGGUGUCGUUGUCCGUUCUGUCCAAAAUAACGGACGCUGCCCGCCGCGCCGACGGCACCGUCAAUCGUCGUCUCAUGAACAUCCUCGACUUCAAGUCCUCCGCCACCCCUGCCGCUCCCGUCAGAGGCGUCACCUCAUCCGACGUCACUGUGGAUCCCGCUCGCAAACUCUGGUUCCGCCUCUUCGUCCCCCAGUCCACGUUGUCGACUCCAUCUGAUCUACCCGUCAUCGUAUUCUUCCACGGCGGAGGAUUCACCUUCCUCAGCCCUGCCUCAUUCGCAUACAACGCCGUUUGCCGCAAGUUUGCUCGGAAAUUCCCCGCUGUUGUCGUCUCUGUCAAUUACCGCCUCUGCCCCGAACACCGGUACCCUUCCCCAUACGACGACGGGUUCGACGUCCUUACCUUCCUCGACCAAAAUGAUGACGUCCUCCCCAAAAACGCAGACAGAUCCAGAAUCUUCUUGGCCGGGGACAGCGCGGGAGCCAACGUGGCCCACCACGUGGCGGUUCGGGCCGCCCGCGAGAAGGAUCGAAUGCGGGUCGUGAAACCUGUGGGGUUGAUAUCGAUACAGCCGUUUUUCGGGGGAGAGGAGCGGGUUGAGUCUGAAAUCCGGCUACGCGGAGCUCCUCUGGUAUCGGUGGGCCGAACGGACUGGCUGUGGAAGGUGUUUUUGCCUGACGGGUCGAACCGGGACCACGAGGCGGCGAACGUGAGUGGGCCGAACGCGGUGGACAUAUCGGGUCUGGAGUAUCCGAAUACGAUUGUAUUCACUGGGGGAUUGGAUCCGCUACUAGACAGGCAGAGGAGGUACUACCAGUGGUUGAAGAAAUCGGGGAAGGAGGCGAAGCUAAUCGAGUAUCCAAACAUGGUGCAUGCAUUUUAUGUGUUUCCAGAAUUACCAGAGUCUAACCAGCUGAUUAACCAAGUCAAAGAUUUCAUUGCUUCCGUGUGAAUUUGACUUGACUUGGUAUUCUACUUUGGGAAAUGGUUUCGUUGUUAUCCUGUACCACUAUGUCUUUUGCUGUAUGAUGGUCAUGUUGAAACUAUGAGAAUUAAUACUAAAAUUUUAGUUUAAUUAGA